AUGAAAGAAGUCGGGUUCACAACAUAUCCCGAUCUUGAAACGAAACAACAUGUUUACAUGCGAUAUAAACAUGAAGGUAGUCCCAAGUGGUAUGUAAAAUGCAAUGAACUUGUGACACGAUCUGAUGGCGUAGUUUGCCGGUGUUCAAUGCAAGAACAAAGGGAGGAUCAUUAUAAAAACUGGCUUAAGACUCAUGUUCACACAUGUCAGGCCGGAGAAGCAUUAUCGCAGCAAACAUUACUUGACUACUACAAUAAAGGUAAACAGUCAAAUGAUCCAAUGUUGGAUUUAUCGAAUGUAUACGAUGAAAUGACCAUUUUUACCGGUAAGUUCAACCUUGCCUUAGACACAUUUGCAUCCCCAGAAUUCACGCAUGUUGCAAAGAUUUUCAUUAUGUUCACAAUAUAUCAAAUGAUGAACAAAUACAAACAACUUCAGUCAGCUAAUAUCAAUCCGGAAAAACUUGCUGACAAAUUAUAUAAGCCUAUUACACGUGAUGAGAUCCGAAAUAGAAUGAUUGCUAUUGCUAACAGCAUACACCUUGCUAAAGUUCUCGAAUUCGCCAAAAAAGCAUACACUUGUGUCGCCAUCGAUGAAGGCAAGACACAUGAUUACCACAAUCUUGAUUUUGUCUUAACAAAUCCGUUGGAGCAAAUGAAGCCAUACCCAGUAGAGGCGAUAGAUAUGAAGGAUGGCCAGACAAGUCAGGAUUAUAAAUCCGCAAUAACAGCAGGAUUUAACAGAAUUGACAUUAGGAAAGUCAAGAUAGGUAGUGUGGUAGUUGACGGAGGACCAGCACAGUUAAAAUGCUUCAAAGAUACUUGGAAUGAUUCAUUCUAUCAUGACAGAGAUCCAAAAUACUACAAGAUAUUGCUUAUUCCCUGUUUGUGUCACAGAAUCCACAACAGCUAUCAAUAUAUUGCUGGCAAGAACAACCAGUUACAAAGUUUAGUAAAGGAUGUGCACAGAAUUGCAGAACUUUGUCGCAUUCAUGCUGACGAUAUAGGUGCACAAUGUCCACAGCAUGUAUCCACCAGAUGGAUAUAUGACUAUAAUAUAUGUGUCUUUAUUCUUAAGUACGAAAACAAAAUCAAGCAAUAUAUAAAUGUAGAUCACGAUAAAAUCGUACAAUUGAAAGAUUGUUUAGCUGUUCUUAAAAAGCUAAUCUUAGUAUUCGAAUCGGAUAAGGCAUUGUUGGCAAAUUGUUACAUUUGGCUUCGUAAAGCCAUAUCAGCUCUCAAUCUUUUGACAUCCAAUUUGCAUAAUGCAUUCGGAUCCAUCUUGGCAUCUUCAUUGGAUAGCUAUACCUUGGACUCUGACUUUGGUGGGCUA